AUGAACCACAACACUUCACAAGUGGAGGAAUUCAUCAUCGUUGGCUUUCCUGGACUCCAGAAUCAGGAGAGCAGGGCAGUAUUUUCUGGCAUCUUCCUGGUGGCCUAUUUGCUAAUACUGCUAGGAAACCUAUUAAUAAUUUUAAUAUUUGCAAUGGAUGAAAGUCUCCACACUCCAAUGUACAUGCUGAUCUGCAGUCUGGCCUUUUUGGAUGUUAUACUCUCAUCUGUCGUCAUUCCUAAAAUGUUAGUAGUCGUCAUGUUCGACUCUAAGGCCAUCACUUUUGUGGCCUGCUUCAUUCAGCUUCUAUUUUACCACGGCUUGAUUGCAGCCGAGUCUUUUCUUCUUAGUCUCAUGGCCUAUGAUCGAUACAUAGCCAUUUGUCACCCACUGCACUAUCCUACUAUAAUGACCAACAGUCGUGUUUUUAAACAAAUUGUUUGUUGUUGGGCUGGGGGGCUUUGUGGUCCAAUAAUCCCCAUUGUUCUCGCUCUCAGGUUGCCAUUCUGUGGACCUAAUAAAGUGCUUCACUGUUUCUGCGAUCACGUGUCUGUUGUGAGACUAACCUGUGCCGACAUCACCAUCAACAGCUAUGUGGCGUUAACCAUCUCUCUGUCCACCCUCUUCAUCCCACUGACAUACAUUCUCUUCUCAUACAUCAGAAUCAUCCGUUCAGUGUUCAAGAUUGCCAGCUCAGAGGGGCGACUCAAAGCUUUCUCCACCUGCGGAACUCACCUUCUGGUCAUUUCAGUCUUUUUUCUGAUCGCUGCUGGAGUCUACAUCUCUUACCGCGUGCCUGGUACGUCAGCAGAUAUGCGAAUCAUGGCGGCCGUACUUCAGAAUGUGAUUCCUCCUCUGAUGAACCCCAUUAUUUAUUGCCUGCGGACUAAAGAGAUCAGAGACAGCUUUGUAAAAAGAAUUCAAAGGACUCAAAUUAUGCCAAAAUGA